UUCAAAAGCGGGGUUUGCCGCAUGUCCAUAUGCUCAUCUGGCUGGAUUCUCAAUCUAAGAAAAAACUGAAUUCAAAUGUUGAUAGUUUUGUAUCCGCUGAAAUACCUGAUCCAGAUGAAGACCCUGUUGGAUAUCAAGCUGUAGCUAGACACAUGAUCCACGGCCCUUGUGGAUUGCUGAAUACCAAGUCUCCUUGCAUGAAGGAUAUGAAGUGCACUAAACACUUUCCUAAAAAGUAUGUUUAUUAUAGAGAGAAUAUAAUAGUCUACUGAUUUUUUAUUCGAGACAAACAAAAGGGCAAUUCAUCUUUAAUUUUAUUUGGUAAAAUACUACAGUGCUCAUCUGCUUUACUGUUGACAAAUUAUAGGUAUUCCUCUCAAACUAUGUUUGAUCAGUCGGGGUUUCCUAUUUACAAACGCCGCAAUACAGGUAUCACUGUGAAAAAAGGGAAUCAACAACUUGACAAUCAAUAUGUAGUUCCAUACAACCGUGAUUUGCUGGUGAAGUAUCAAUGUCACAUGAACGUCGAGAUUUGCUGUCAUGCACGUAGCCUCAAAUAUCUGUUCAAAUACUGCCUUAAAGGUUCUGACCGUGCUACUGUUGAGAUUACAAACAAAAACACUGUCUCUAAUUCGACAUCUCCUGAUGCUCCCAAAGAUGAAAUCCAAGCAUUUUUUGAUGGUCGUUACAUAUGCGGUUGUGAGGCUGCCUAUCGAAUUUUUGGAUUUGACAUCCAUUACCGAUCCAUCUCCGUUCUUCGUCUAUCAUUUCACUUACCUGGCAAAAGGAACUGUACUUUUAGAGAAGAUGAAGAACUUCACAAGGUUGUUCAACGGGAGAAAUUUAAACAAAGUCAGCUUGAGGCUUUCUUCCAACUGAACCAGAAGGACACCAACGCCAGAAAGUUAACUUAUGAUGAAAUUCCAAGGUACUAUGUUUGGAAUGAGUCUGAAUCAGUUUGGACAGUGCGUAAGAAAGGGACACAAAUAGGUAGGCUUUUGUUUACUCACCAUACUUCUGGGGAGAUAUGGUACUUGCGGUUACUACUCACAAAGGUUAGGGGACCAACCUCAUUUAACCAUUUGAAGACUGUUAAUGGUGUCUUUUGCACUACAUUCAAAGAGGCAUGUCAGAAAUAUGGUUUCCUGGAGGAUGAUAAUGAAUGGAAUGAGGUUCUUCAGGAAUGUUCAAAAUGUGGUUUUCCAGGGCAGAUUCGCGAGCUUUUUGUCCAUAUAAUGGUGAACUGCCAAGUCAGUGAUUUGUCUUCACUUUGGAAAAAGUAUUGGAAGGGAAUGAGCGAUGACAUUCUCAUGCGAAUUCAAAAGGAAGCUCUGAAUCCUGAUCACUCUAUCAGCGACAAACAACUACAAUUUUACGUUCUAGCAGAGAUUGAUAAAUUACUCAGAUCUAUUGGCAAAUCACUACAGCAGUUUGCACAGUUGCCGCAGCCUCCAGCUUCAUUUCUCCAGCGUGGAGCGGAUAAUUUGAUAAAGGAUGAGACAAGCUAUGAUGUUGAAAAAAUGGAAGAAGAAUUCAACAAGCUAUUCCCUAAUUGUAAUGCUGAGCAGCUUGAGGUUUAUAAUGCAGUAUUCAAUUCAGUUCAAAAUGGGGAAGGUGGUUUGUUUUUUGUUUAUGGAAGUGGAGGCUGUGGAAAGACCUACGUGUGGAAAACUCUAAUAUAUAAACUUAGAUCAAUGGGGAAAAUUGUGUUGCCUGUGGCAUCUUCUGGGAUUGCUGCUACUUUGAUGCCCGGUGGCCGGACUGCCCAUUCUAGAUUCAAGAUUCCAAUUAUUUUGGAUGAAGAUUCAUGUUGCUCAAUAUCUCACAAUUCUGAUAUUGCAGAGCUUAUCAAGAAUACCAGCCUUAUCAUAUGGGACGAGGCUCCAAUGCAGCACAGGUAUGCUUUCGAAUGCCUAGACCGAUCACUUAGAGAUAUCAUGAAAUCAGUAAGUCCUGAAAGAGGCCAGAUGGUUUUUGGAGGCAUUACAGUUUUGUUAGGUGGAGAUUUCAGGCAGAUUCUUCCUGUAAUCAACCUUGCUUCUAGGGGUGAAAUUGUAUCUGCAUGUAUCACACGGUCUAGAUUAUGGGCCGCUGCUACAAUCUUCCUUCUAAAACAGAACAUGCGACUAAACCAGGGAGAGUCUGAAGCUGACCGAGAGAAUUUAAGAAUUUUUGCAGAUUGGGUACUUAAAAUUGGUGAUGGUAGGAUUUCUCCCCCAAACACUAUUGACGCAAACUGCCAUGAAGAUGAUAUUGAAAUUCCAGCUCAAUUCUGUGACACCACUGUUGCAAACAGUGUGGACAAUAUGAUCAAGUGGACUUUUCCUGAUUUUCCAAGUUGUUUUCAAAACCCAAAAUAUUUGAGUGAGAGAGCAAUUCUCACUCCAACAAACCAAACAGUUGGCCAUUUGAACUCUGUCAUUGUUGAUACUAUCCCAGGAGACAUAAAAUCAUACUACAGCGUGGAUAAAGCAGAAGAUUUUGGUGGCACUGCUUCAGAUUUGAACUUUGCAUUUCCUCCUGAAUAUUUGAAUUCAUACAAUAUUCCUGGACUACCACCCCAUCAAAUGGAUUUGAAGGUUGGUGUUGCUGUAAUGCUGAUGCGGAAUUUGAACCAAACUUUGGGGCUUUGCAAUGGAACAAGGAUGAUGGUGACUAAAUUAAUGAAACAGUGUGUGGAGUGCGAAGUUAUUUGUGGUGCUUUUCUUGGUAGUAGACACUUUAUUCCAAGGAUGGAGCUUUAUCCUACUGAGACAAAACUCCCCUUUAAGCUUAUCAGAAAACAAAUGCCUUUGCAAAUCUGCUACUCCAUGACCAUUAACAAGUCUCAAGGACAAUCUCUUGAACGAGUUGGUUUAUUCCUGCCGAAGCCUGCCUUCACACAUGGUCAAAUCUAUGUAGCUGUUAGUAGGGUGACAUCUCCUGCUGGUCUUAGAAUUUUUGUUGAUGCAAACACAGGUGCACCGACCAAUAUAACGCAAAAUAUAGUAUACAAGGAGGUCUUUUACAACCUGCCCAAAGUCUAAGUUUUGAUGCUAAUGUUUUUGAGUUACUAAGCUUUGAAAGAGUUGCUAACAGCACUCUUUAAUUUUAGA